UCCUACCACGCCCGCCUCUGACAGGCACCUCUCUGUUCGGGCCCCUGGAGACCCAGGGGCACAGCCCUGGGCGGGGUCAGAGCUGGACACAAACCAAACACAACAGAGGGAGUGUGUGCCAAGCACGUGAAAGAGAGAAGACAAGGGAGACAGGGCGCCUGGCCCCCGCAGGACGAGCCUGGACACGCCGGGCGCGCCCCAGGUCGGGCCCCACCCACGCUGGACGCCUCCUUGGGGAGAGGAGAGGAGACCCAAUCUCUGCAGCCGCUUUAGUUUCACGGGGUAAUUAAGUGACCCCACCGAACUAUGGGCGGUGCGGAGGGUGAAGGUGGGUCCGGAUCCGCCCCUCUUCAGCUUCCUAUAAGGGCAGGGGACCCGGGACCUCAGGUUCACACACCAUGAGGCCGUCCACAAGACCGGGGCACUUCCUGCUGGCCCUCACGUUGCUCUGCACCCUCCCAGGGCUGGGGCGCCCCCUAACCUGUGAGGUGUGCAAGGGAUCCGGGCCCACGUGCAGCGGGAGAAUGAAGACGUGCGAGGCCGGCAAGGACGCCUGCGUGGUCCUGGUGGGCGAGUCCAGCACAAAGGGCAGCCAGUCGGUCAGCACCCUCAAGGCCUGCAUCAAGUUCAGCGACUGCUACUCGGGCUUCGUGUCCACCACCAUGAGCCGUGACGACUACAUGGUCUCCAAUGCGCACUGCUGCCAGACCGACGGCUGCAACCAAGGCUCCGUGCCCCCCCCGCAGAACAACCGAACCGAGAAUGGCCGCAUGUGCCCGUCUUGCAUAGCGCCCUUCCAGGAGACGUGCCCGGGCACCCGGGGCGUCCGCUGUGUCGGCCAGGAGACCCACUGCAUCUACUUCGCCGGCAACGUGCAGGCUGGUAUCUUCAACACCAAAUUUGCCACGCGGGGCUGUGCCACAGAGAGCGCCUGCCACACGAAGGCCGGCGCCGAGGUGCCCUCGGCCUCGUAUCUCUACUUCCUGCGGAGAGCCGACUGCCUGCCAGCCCCCUGGCCUCCCGGCAGGGCCGAGUGAAGAACCCAGGUGUCCGUGCGUCCUCAGCCGGCAGCUCCCCGUGUGCCUAUAAAGGA